AUCCUACAUUGUCAAUACUGAGAAGCAAGUUGCAUAUUGACCUUGUAGAUAUCAGGCAACAUCAAGCAGUGAAAGGACUUGCAAGAAUAUAGAGCUAUGGCAAAUCAUUUUAGGUUCCUGCGUCAGUACAGGGGGCCACUGAAGGCAUGUAUCUUAGACUGGAGUGGAACUACAGCUGACAAAUAUGUCCUGGCUCCAGCUGUAGUCUUUGCGGAAGUCUUCAAGAAACACAAGGUUCCAAUUUCAAUGGCUGAGGCACGGGGGCCAAUGGGAUUGCGUAAAGAUCUUCACAUUGAUGCAAUUACUAAAGUGCCUGAAGUGCGGGAACGUUGGAAGGAUGUGUAUGGAAGAUACCCCAAUCAAGAAGAUGUUGACAACAUGUUCAAAGAUUUUGUCCCCAUGCAAUUAGAUUGCUUACGUCAGUACACUGAUUUACUCCCUGGAUGUGCAGAUGCUGUCAACAGAAUGAAAAAUGAAUUUGGAAUGAAAAUUGGCACUACCACUGGUUUUCUCCGUUCAAUGGUAGAUAUCCUUGCGGAAGAGGCUGCCAAGCAGGGAUAUGUGCCAGAUGUUACUGUGGCAGGGGAUGAAGUUAUCAAUGGGGCUCGUCCAAACCCUCAUAUGGUUUACCGCAACAUGGAUCUAUUGAACAUUCAGACAAUCCAGUCAGUGGUUAAAGUAGAUGAUACUGUAACUGGUGUUGGUGAAGCCCUGAAUGCAGGCUGUUGGGCAGUUGGUGUCGCUAAAUACAGUAAUUAUAUGGAUAUUGAUGACUUUGAGCAUGAAGCAUCUCUAUCAAAGGAAGAGAUGGCCCGCCGUCUCGCCUAUAGUACUAAUCUACUGGUCAACUCAGGGGCUCAUUAUGUGGUUGAUAGCAUUGCAGAUCUUCCCGCUGUCUGUGAAGAUAUUAACGAGAGGUUGAAGCGUGGAGAAACCCCCAUGUGAGCCUCUCAGUGAAGCCUUGAGUAGCCCCCAGUGUGAGCCCCUCAGUGGGUAUACUCAGAGACAAACUCAUUAAAUACUCAUACACAUUUUAAUCAUAGCUGAUUCUGACAUUCCACAAUACUACUACUACUACUGUACCUGCAAUCAGAAUUGAGACUUUAGAUUAAUCUAUAAUCUGUUUAGUAGAUUCUAGAAUUGUUAAAGGACAACUGAAAUAGGGUUUUUCAACUUGCAGCUACAAAAAUGUGAUCUUCUUCACUGUAAGCCCAACGUAGAGUUCUUGCGGUAGCCAUUAUAAAAAAGAAAAAAAAAACAUGACC